UCUGCCCCCCCUCCCCUACAGACUCGAGGUUGCCAGAUAGGUUGGCGCAUCCGUCAAGCAACGAGCGAGGAGCGACCAUGGCAAGCGACGAGUCCUACACUUUAAGUUGUAAGUAAAUAAAGUUUCUAGUCAAUACUGAACAACAUGGUGGUUUUAGCAGUAUGGCGCUCCCAAGCUGACGCUAAGCUAACGUUAGAUAAAGUUACAAUUUCCUGUUUAUUUUGACUUGUUACAGCCUGAUACAGAGCUAAUGCUAGAUAACGUUAGCAUUUCAUGUUUAUUUUGACUUGUUUCAGCCUGAUACAGACCCUAGCUAUUCACUACCAAGUGAAGGCUGAGGCUGAUGAUGAGCCAGGUGACCGGUGCAGACAGAGGAAGAGAAGUGCGAGAGGUGGAAGAGGAGGAGAAGGAGGAGGAGGAGGAGGAGAAGAAGAGCGAGCAGCUCCUGUUCCAGGGGGCAGACAACAGAGAGGUGGAAGAGGAGGAGAAAGUGCCGGUCCCAGUGACAGAGGAGGUGGCAGAGGAAGCAGAGGGAGGAGAGGAGGCAGAGAUGCAGAGGAUGAGGAAAGAAUCCAGGGAAUCCAAAAUGACAGAAGGGUUCAAACAGAGGCAUUCAUUCAGCAGAUGAGGGAAGUGGAGCUAAGACUGCUGGCCACCCAGCUUUUUUCUCGGGAGCCAGGGUUGGUUUUUGAUGCCCUAGAGAUCUUCAGGGACACCCCUACUCCUCCACCAGCGGCUGCUCUUCCUUGGUGCACCUAAGGCAACAGCAGGGAGAUGGCCACAGAUGCAGAGAGAAAAUGCUGUGGCCAGGGUCUUAUCCACUGCAUCAGCCAACUGCCACACUUCACCCUGUACUGUCUGGACCUUCACAGACGGUACAGGAAUGACGUGUUGGUGGUUGGUGAUGCUAGAGAGCCAGGGGACGACAACAGGGAGUUCCGAUAUGCUGCCUAUCGGCAGUAUAUAUUUUGGCAGCAUGGGUCAUUGGGCCAGGGUAACCGUUGCGUAAUCCCUAGCUGCUGCGUAUGGAGAAUUAGGGACAAAUACCCUGAUCCUCAGGGCCAGUACACAGGCUUUGUGCCCACUAUUUGAUCCAAUUUGACCCUAUUGUUUUCCUGCAUGUUUGCAUUACUGUUCAUAUUUCCAUUAUUUAUUGUUACAAUUGUUAUUUAUUUAUUGUUAAUUGUUAUUUAUUUUUUAUUGUCUCAAUAUACUGUACAUACAAUUGGAUUUUAGUGCAAUUGUAAUGAUUCUUUGUUUUUGUUUUUCAAUAAAAAAAAGCCUAUUCACAAUAGCACUGCUAUGUCUUUGACCAUGAUAGCAUACCAGAAAUGCUGAAAUCAGAACAUUAUCAUAUGUUGUGACAGUUCA